GGUGCGCGGGUUUGUGGAAGCUGCUCCGCUCUCGUGCCUCCCCCGCGGUACGGCGCGUGCUUGAGCCCGUCCUGUCCGUUUAAACCGCGAGGAGCAACCACACCGACUUCCCAAUGCAAAAAAAAAUAAAUAAAGGAGUAGCAGGCUCGGAGCAGGAGCGAGAGGGGGAACGGAGGUGUAAAUAGGGAAAAAAGACGAGGGGCUCGCGGACUGUCUCUCUCUCUCUCUCUCUCUCUCUCUCUCUCUCUCCCUCUCUCCCUCUCUCUGUGUCUUCCCCCCUUUUUACGAAAGUGAAUGAGUGAAUUAUUGUACGAGGGGCUCGCGCGCGCAGAGGGACCGUCACCACACGCCGCUUCCACCGGGACGAGUGAGCGAGCGCGCGCGCGACGCUUAACUUGCUCAAUGGUACGUGUGUGCGCGUGUAUGUCUUUCCGUGUGUGUAAAUAUUUGCUUUGAAACUAGACGCAAGACCGUGCGCGUCUCAUUAUUCCUCAUCCCCCUUGUGUGUGUGUGUGUGUGUGUGCGCGCGCGCGUGCGUGCGUGUGUGUGUGUUUGAUCGUCCCGGCUCCUCCAGAGGACCCCUCGAGCCACCGGUGCCGCGCGAGACCGCUGAGCUAAAAGCCCGGCCACCCGCCUCCCCUCCCCUUCCCUCCUCCUCCUCCUCCUGCUCCUCCUCUUCCUCCUCCUCCUCCUGCUCCUGCUCCUCCUGCCCCUGCUCCUGCGCCGCAGAAAGCAAAGAGAUGGCAACUUUGGCGAACGGGCAGGCGGACGGCGCGAGCGGGCUGGUGAACGGACUAAGUCACGCGCACGGCCCCACAAGCUGCGCCACCAUCCCCAUGAAGGACCACGACGCCAUCAAGCUCUUCGUGGGACAAAUCCCGCGCAACCUGGAUGAGAAGGACCUGCGGCCGCUCUUCGAGGAGUUCGGCAAGAUCUACGAGCUCACCGUGCUGAAGGACCGCUUCACAGGCAUGCACAAAGGCUGUGCCUUCCUCACAUACUGUGCCAGAGAGUCAGCGCUGAAAGCUCAAACUGCCCUCCACGAGCAAAAGACAUUGCCUGGGAUGAACAGGCCGAUCCAGGUGAAGCCUGCCGACAGCGAGAGCAGAGGAGAAGACAGAAAACUUUUUGUGGGCAUGCUGAACAAGCAGCAGUGUGAGGACGACGUGCGACGCCUGUUCGAAUCCUUCGGCAGCAUUGAGGAGUGCACCAUCCUCAGAGGCCCUGACGGAAACAGCAAAGGUUGUGCAUUUGUGAAGUACUCUUCUCAUGCCGAGGCUCAGGCAGCCAUCAGCGCACUACACGGCAGUCAGACCAUGCCCGGCGCCUCCUCCAGUCUGGUUGUGAAGUUUGCAGACACAGAUAAAGAACGCACCAUUCGACGCAUGCAGCAGAUGGCCGGUCAGAUGGGCAUCUUCAAUCCUAUGGCCCUGCAGUUUGGAGCGUAUGGAGCCUACGCACAGGUGCAGCAGCAGGCAGCAUUGAUGGCGUCUGUUGGACAGGGAGGUUAUCUCAGUCCUAUGGCUGCAUUUGCUGCAGCUCAGAUGCAGCACAUGGCCACCAUCAACGGCCUGCCCGGAGCACCGAUGACCCCUACGUCAGGUGGAAGUACGCCCCCUGGCAUCACUGCACCCACAGUGACCAGCAUCCCCUCACCAAUCAGCGUUAACGGCUUCACUGGCCUGCCCCCUCCUCAGGCCAACGGGCAGCCACCUGCAGAGGCAGUGUUCACUAACGGGAUUCACCCCUACCCAGUCCUGCAGGAGGUGGUUUUUAGGGAAGACUCGGAGAAGGGCGGCUUGGGCGUGGCUCAGCGGAGUUGUUUUGGUGUUCAGGGAAGCUGCUUCCUCUCUUCUCUCUCUGAAGCCCAGAGUCCCACAGCAGCUGAUCCUCUACAGCAGGCUUAUGCAGGAGUCCAGCAGUAUGCAGCAGCCUACCCAGCUGCAUAUGGACAGAUCAGCCAGGCCUUUCCACAGCCUCCUCCCAUUAUCCCCCAGCAACAGAGAGAAGGGCCGGAGGGUUGUAACCUGUUCAUCUACCACCUCCCUCAGGAGUUUGGGGAUGGCGAGCUGAUGCAGAUGUUCCUGCCUUUCGGUAAUGUCAUCUCCUCCAAAGUGUUUGUGGAUCGGGCGACAAACCAAAGUAAAUGCUUUGGCUUUGUGAGCUUCGAUAACCCGGGCAGUGCCCAGGCUGCCAUCCAGUCCAUGAAUGGCUUCCAGAUCGGCAUGAAGAGACUCAAAGUGCAGCUCAAGAGGCCAAAGGAUGCCAACCGCCCAUAUUAGCCCCACCCCCACAUGACCCUCACCCUGGGGGUGAAGGCCACUGCAGCACACAGGGAACAACAGGUUUUGUAGAGUUGGAACACAUGCUGACAACAUGAGUAACGUUAACGAAACACAAAAGAAACUCAAAAGGACAAAGGGGGCGAAGCGGCUGGGUUGGACGUGCAGUGAUAAGUGUGUCGGACAUGUGAGGAGGCCACGGGCGCUUGACACACCACCACCACCACAAAGCUCAGUGGACCUUUAGGACCUCAGUGGACACUCAGGACAGCCGCCGCGUUCUGCAACCAUAUUGGACUCCCUUUCUGAGUCUCCGCAGCCUGCCUGAUCAUAGGAACCCUUCUCAUAUAGAACCACAUGGAAGAUCAUACAGGAAAAAAAAAAGAACAAAGCAUCUACAACUAAAAAAAAAACAAUGUAAGCCCUUUGGAAGAGCCUCAGAAGAAA